AUGCCAAGAGGAGUCUCCGAAAAUGAUAGGAACAAUUACAUCCAACAUGCGUGGUUAGAUGGAAUUGAAGCUAUGGUCGAGGCGAAUGAGAACCUAGAGGUGUUUGAAGUUCACUUCUACACCGCAGUAUAUCAGGUUUUGAGAGAGAAAGUGAAACCAUGGUUGGGGGAGAUGGAAAAUAAAAGAAAGGUGCAGAACAGCGCUGUCAAGUAUAAAGCGUACAAGUGCCGGACUACGACUAUCAAGAGGCAGAGCUGUUUUGGUACUGGUGGUGGAUAUGAUACUGAUAUCUCGGACGGGAGCUCGCGUAUAGGUUUAAAAGAUCGGAUGUCGCUACCUAACGCCUUCUGGAUGAGGAAGUUCAAGGAAGAGAAGGAAAAGAGACUGAUGAAGGAACAGAUGGAAAAGAAACUGAUGGAGGACCGGAGUUGA